AUGACUACUACAGACCAACCCUACAAAUUCACAACAUCCUUUUAUCCACCUCAAAUCCUUACCACUGCCACCACCAAUGGAGAUAAAAAUGUAUUAAAUACUUCCAACACACAACAACCCUUAACGAACCAAAUCUACAACGACGCCCUCUUUAUUCGAAAUGAAGUCUUUGUAAAAGAGCAGGGUUGUUCCGCGGAGGGAGAAGUGGAUGAUGACGAUGGGAGGAGUUGGGGGUGGGUUGUUUAUGCUCUUCCACAAGCAUACCAAGACCAAGAUCAAGAUCUGGAGAAGGAUGAAGAUGGGGGUUUAAGAAAAGGAACCCCGGUGGGUGUUAUCAGACUUGUUCCACCACCACAUAUGUCUCACUCUCAUCUUCUUCACCCAACGUCAUCAACAGAAAAAGUGGGAUAUGAUUACACGCACGAACCAUAUAUAAAAAUCACUCGAGUCGCUAUUCUGCCCUCUUUCCGCGGGAAGGGGAUAUCUCACUUGCUUAUGCGGACAGUCGAGUCGUGGGCUCAAUCUAACAGGGAUAGGAUAGGUGAAAUGUAUUCCCUCAUUGCACGCGAAGAUGGGAAGUCUGAAAGAGAAACGAAGAAAUGGAAUGGGUUGAUAGGGUUGCAUGCGCAGGUCCAGGUUGAAGGGAUGUACGCUCGUUUCGGGUACGAGACUGAUUCUACCAUGGGGCGGUGGGAUGAGGAAGGUAUUGAGCAUGUUGAGCUUGGAGAGGAUAGAGAGGAUAGAGAGCAUUGA